UCACGUGAUCACAAGCAUCACGUGAUUAUUACAAGAUGGCGUCUAAUGGAGAGCAGUCAAUGUUUUAUGCUGUGGUAGUCACAGGAUCUCCUCGUGAGACGACAGAGGGAGACGUUAGAAAGUUUUUUGAGGAAAUUGCAGUGAAAGAAGUUAAAUUUCAGACAGACGAGAGAGGCUGGAGAACUGGGAACAGCAUUUACGUUCAACUUGAGACGUCAAAAGAUUUCGAGUUAGCAUGCACAAGAGACGGUCAACUCCUACUGUCUCAGAAGGUUGGGGUCCUCAUGAUAUCAAAAGCUGAUUACGAAAGAAGUACUGGAUCUACUGGAAGAGGAGCUACUUAUAAUAACGGAGCGUACAACCAGGGGGCCGAAGGGGGAGUGAAAAUAGAGCAUGAGACUCCUCCUACUGAGCCACGCCCACUUGUCGAAUCCUACUUUGUACGUCUACGUGGCCUUCCCUACUCUGCAAUGGCUUCCGACAUACUUGACUUCCUUAAAGACGUUCAAGUCAAAGACGGAGAGAAAGGAGUCCAUUUUUCCUUUGGUUCCGACGGCCGUGUCUCCGGAGAAGCCUACGUUGAGGUUUGUUCGGGAGGUGAUGUGGAAAGGGCUCUUAGACAUGACAGGGAUCAUUUGGGCGGGAGGUAUAUUGAGGUUUUCCGUGCGUCCCAGAACCAGUUCGAGUAUGAAUGUCAUCCGAUGAAGGGGCCGGGGGUAGGGGGAAGGGCAGGAGGUGUGGUCAGGCUGCGUGGGUUACCGUACGGGUCGACUGAGGAUAACAUAAGGGAUUUCUUUCAAGGUAUUGCCAUAUCACACAUUACAAUGCAAUUGAACGAAAGUGGAAGGGAAACUGGUGAAGCUUUUGUUGAACUCUUUCAUGAAGAAGAUGUAGACAGAGCACUAGACAGACACAAGAAAGUACUAGGACACAGGUACAUUGAAGUGUUCCGGACCACUCGGAGUGACAUAAAACCCGUCGCUGAUCGAUGGGCCAAGUACUCAAGGCCAGCUCCCUACCCUGGGGGAGGGGGAGGAGGAGGAGGAGGUGGGAGGAGAUAUGAUUCUGAUCCAUACCACAGAGGGGCGGGGUAUAAGUUUGGCGGAAGAGGUGGAGGCUGGUCUGAUUAUGGAGGAGAAAGAGAAUACUACGGACACUCAAGAUACUCUGGGGCUGGUAGAGACAUGACGAGACCAACAUACAGCAGUGAUCCUAAUGGCGGUCACUGUGUUCGAAUGAGAGGUCUACCUUAUUCUGCCAGCGAGAGAGAGAUAUUUGAUUUCUUCUCUCCUCUUGUCCCGUUUCGAGUUACCCUCGAGAAGGACACGUAUGGACGAGCUUCAGGUGAGGGAGAGGUUGAGUUCUGUACUCAUGAAGACGCAGUGAAUGCUAUGAAGAAGGACCGUGGACAUAUUGGUUCAAGGUAUGUUGAACUAUUCCUUCAUUCUUCUCCUGGUAGUAAUACUAGCAACUCAAUGGGAGCUGCUCAGUAUUCUUAUGCUUACCAACCUGCUUAUCCUGUGCAAGAUGGCCAGUCUGCCCCCACUACGGCUCCAUACCACACCUCAGCCUACCCCACUGCUUAUUAUGUAGCCACUCCCACUGUACCACCUCCUGCUCCUCCUGGGGCCACUUAUCAGUCCUACCCUCAAGGACCUCUACCAACACAACAGCUGCAACCUCAUCAACCCACUGCCAGACCUUCCUGGCAAUAAAUAAAUAAAUAAUAAUAAUAAUAACACUGAUGGCAACUUUAAACUGAAGAGUUUUUGUUGUGUGGAACACACGAGAACAUUAAGUCUCUGUCUGGUUUUUCUUCUUAUAAAUAUUACCCAAAAUUACAAAAUUCAUUGUACACAUUAAUUAGUUGCUUGUACAUUAA